CAAAAAAUAGAAAUCGAAAAAUGCCCAACAGUUAUCUGAAACGGUCGACGGAAAAUCACAGAGAUUUGAAGCCGCUUCCGAUUCCGACAAAUUAAAUCUAGAUACGAAAGGGGGAUUAAAUUAGGGUUGAUUCAGAUUUUGCAAACAAACAAAAGUUCGAAAUGCCGGUGGAAGUUGCGAACGGUGUUGCAGAAUCUCUGACGGUGCCCAAAGGCGAUCUCAAAUCACAGAACCCUAACGCCGCCGCGAAGAAGUCACGGGAAAUCGAGAGGCGCAGGAGGAGGCGGAAGCAGAAGAAGAACAAACACAGCGUCGCUAACGGAGAUGAAAGCGACGCUGCUGCGGAGGACACUGACGGCGUAGCGCAUGACAGUUCUAAAGAGAACUCCGAUCCUCAAAAGGAUUUGGAACUAGUUGAAGUUGAAUAUGUACCAGAAAAAGCUGAAUUGGAUGGCGUUGAUGAUGAAUUCAGGAAGAUUUUUCAGAAAUUUAAUUUCUUGGACAAUGCGAUUGCGGAGGAGCUUGAUAAAAUUGAUGAGACUGCCCCUGAUACAGCAUUAAAGAAAAAGGCAGACUCAGAUUCAGAAGAAGAAGAACAGGAUACUCAGCAAAAAGAAAAAGGAAUCUCUAAUAAAAAGAAAAAACUUCAACGCCGAAUGAAGAUUGCUGAAUUGAAGCAGAUUUGUACAAGACCGGAUGUCGUUGAGGUAUGGGAUGCAACUUCAUCAGAUCCAAAGCUAUUGGUUUAUUUGAAGUCGUACCGAAACACUGUUGCGGUGCCACGACACUGGUGCCAGAAAAGGAAGUUUUUACAGGGAAAGAGAGGUAUUGAAAAGCAGCCUUUUCAACUUCCUGAUUUCAUUGCUGCCACAGGAAUUGAGAAAAUUAGACAAGCUUACAUUGAAAAGGAGGAUAGCAAGAAGUUAAAACAAAAGCAACGCGAGAGAAUGCAGCCUAAAAUGGGAAAGAUGGACAUUGAUUAUCAGGUUCUUCAUGAUGCCUUCUUCAAACAUCAGACUAAGCCGAAAUUAACAUAUCAUGGUGACUUGUAUUAUGAGGGGAAGGAAUUUGAGGUAAAACUGCGAGAAAUGAAACCAGGGACAUUAUCACGCGAGUUAAAAGAGGCUCUAGGUAUGCCUGAUGGUGCUCCUCCACCUUGGCUCAUCAAUAUGCAGAGAUAUGGUCCUCCACCUUCCUAUCCCCAUCUAAAAAUCCCUGGGCUUAAUGCACCUAUUCCUGCUGGAGCUAAAUUUGGUUAUGGACAUGGAGAAUGGGGAAAACCACCUGUUGAUGAAUAUGGGCGUCCCCUCUAUGGAGAUGUUUUUGGCUUUGUGCACCAAGAUCAGCCCAAUUAUGAGGAAGAACCUAUUGAUAAGAGUAAGCACUGGGGUGACUUGGAGGAGGAAGAGGAAGAAGAGGAAGAGGAAGAGGAAGAGGAAGAAGAGGAGGAACAGAUGGCAGAAGAGGAACUUGAAGAUGGCAUUCAGUCUGUUGACAGCCUUUCAAGCACUCCUACUGGCGUUGAAACCCCUGAUGUUAUUGAUCUUCGGAAACAGCAGAGGAAGGAACCUGAUAGGCCUCUCUACCAAGUGCUUGAAGAAAAAGAAGAGAAGAUAGCACCUGGAACGCUGCUUGCUCCUGGCCACACAUAUGUCAUUAACACUGGAACACAGGACAAAACUGGUGCAAAGAGGGUUGAUUUGCUAAAAGGUCAGAAAUCAGAUAAGGUGGAUGUCACACUUGCACCGGAGGAGUUGGAUGCGAUGGAGAACGUUUUACAAGCCAAGUAUGAGGAAGCCAGAGAAGAAGAGAAGUUGCGUACACAGAAGGAGGAUUUCAGUGAUAUGGUCGCUGAGAUUGUUGCAGAAUGCGAACAAGCGGAAGCGAAAGAUGCAGGAGAAGGAGAAACAAUCGAAGAAGAAGGAUUUCAAGUUUUAAUUGCCAGCAACUUUGUUGCUGGAGAUUCCGUGGAUGGGUUUGACGUAUGCUUAUGACAUGCUACGGGUUCUUGUCUUGCAACUGUUGUCCUCACCGGACCAGGGUCAUAUUUUUGGCUCUGUUCCUACUGUAUCAAUUUUGAUUCAACAUCUGUGACUCUGUUAUAAGAUGAAAAAUGCCUGCUCUCUCUCUC